CAGCACACUCCCUAGGUUUGCUUACAGAGAGACCUUUAAGCCAUAUGAACCAAUGCCCGACGGCGAAAUCGUCAACUGCUUCGUAGGACAAUGUGGAACACAAAUGUCAUUUGCAUGUUGGGAGUUAUUCUGCUUGGAACACGGUAUUCGACCGGAUGGAAAAAUGGUUCAUUCCACCGACACUCAGGUUGACGCUGAUCUUCCGGACCCGGCUUCAUCGUAUUUUAAAGAAACCAGUGAUGGUCAAUACGUUCCACGCACUGUCAUCUUAGACACCGAGCCCACUGUUGUUGAUGAAAUUAGAUCGGGCGCUUAUCGUCAGUUGUUCAAUCCAGACAGCCUUAUCACUGACCUGGAGGAUGCGGCAAGCAACUUUGCCCGUGGACUUUAUUCGUGCGCCAGGCGUGUGUUACCCAGCGCAAUGAAGUACUUGAGAAAAGAAAUAGAGCGUGCAGACAACCUUCAGGCGAUUUUUAUCUAUCAUUCCUUCGGCGGUGGAACGGGGUCGGGCACCACUUGCAAGUUUCUUGAAGAAAUCGAGCAAGAAUACACAAAAACCCCGAAAAUUGAAAUGGCUGUCUAUCCCGGACGGGAAAUGUCUUCUUCCGUUGUGGAGCCAUACAAUGCGAUGCUUAUUAGUGAUAUUGCCGACGAAACCUCAGAUGUGACUAUCCUAGUCGACAAUGAGGCUUUGGUACGGAUAGCGGCGGAUUUGUUGAAAGUCAACUAUCCUCGGUUCUCCAAUAUCAACAGGCUCAUUGCUCAGGUCACCAGUGGAAUGACGGCUGCUGUGAGGUUUGCGGGGCCACUGACAGCUAGCCUCGGACAGCUACAGACCAACCUGGUUCCAUUUCCACGGCUUCAUUAUCUACAGGCUUCUAUGGCACCCAUCACAUCAAGUGAAGUAUAUAUGCACGAGACGGUGAAUAUGCACGAACUCACCACCUCGCUGUUCAGUCCAGAAACGCAACUGCUCACAGGGGAUCCUAAUCAAACCCAUGUCCUUGCUUGUGCCUUGUUAUGUCGAGGUGAUAUUGCUAUACAAGAAAUUCGGCAUGCCGUUGCAAAACUCAAAAUUCGUGGUACAGUCCAAUUGGUCCCUUGGUGUCCCACUGGGUUUAAAAUUGGACUAUGUUUGCAACCUCCCACGACCGUGCCACAAAGUGGUUUGGCUCCGUGCAGUCGUUCGGUUGUCGGCCUAUACAAUUCCACAUUACUCGUUCCAGCUCUACAAUCCGUCGCACAUAAAGUUCAAUAUCUACACCGUAAACGAGCUUUCGUCCACUGGUACGUCCAAGAGGGACUGGAGGAAGAAGAGCUGCGGGGUGCGCAUGAUGGACUGAAAGCACUGAUCGCAGACUUUCAACAUCUAGAGACCCAUGGCGUACCACUGGACGCUGCAAGCGAAAAUCAGGUGAGCCAACAGAAUAAAAGAACUUGAAGAUUCUGACUGAAUAGUUUCCAGUCUUCUGAGGACAACUUGUACCCAGGAAUCAGAUAUGAAUGGCGCAAUGAGUUGACGAGGGAGCGAAACUUCUUCUGGAAGAAGCGGUCGACCUCUGCUCCAUUUUCAAAUUUGUUAAGCGCAUACAGUGAAAAUAUCAUCUUCCCGUUUGCGUGGAAUAUGGACUGAGCUAACAGGCAAUGACUGGAAGAAACUUACGAAUUUCGUCCCACUUUCUACCUGAGUUUAAUCAGUUGUACCAUGUCUUUGUUUGAAUCGGACGAUAAACGGUUCGGAAAGUUUACUUUGUCUGAAUGGUUUAUUUCGAGCAGAACUUUUAUGCUGUGUUGCUUUAUGAUUUCAAAGCAAAUGAAUAAACA